AUGCCUGUUCGUUCUGUUGCAUCCAUGCACAUGUGCAUCUCGCGUGGCUGCACAUGGUCAGUCUACAGACGCAUGGGUAUGCGGGACGGGAACAGCAUGAACGUCUCCUCAUUCCGCGCGGCUUCCGUCGCUUCAGCUCCAUUCUCCCCCCUUGGGCUGAUGUAA